CAAAGCUAAAGCUAAACCCGGAUUCUCCUCCAGACAGUGUUAGUCUCUUUUUAGACUUAAUCACAGCUCCAUAAUUCUUCCUCAUUUUCCGGACCGCCAUAGAGCUCUGAGAGCAGGUAGUCAGGUGUCACCCUCACACUUUUGGGGGAGGAACCCCAGGAAUCCUCACAGGUACUUCUGGAAAGCCAGGCCAGGCAGAGGGUGCUCUGGGUCCCCUCUCACUGUCUGGUUAACCUCCGUGGUUCCAAGCACCUGACAAGCUGGCUAUGUGAAUAGUUAGGCGCCCGUCAGUUUCUCCCGGGUUGUAAUUGUUAACUCGAAUGGAAUGCAAAACUUCUGGUUUGGAGCAGAGUUGGUUUUUUUUAACCAUGAGUAACGAGGGAAAUGGAAAAUGAGUAGAAUUUGUGGGAGACAGCUCGUGGAAUCUUUUCGGAGGUCUCUUUUCCACAUGGCAAAUGCAGAGGACGUGUGAGUUCUGUCCUCUCCCUUUAUUAACUUGGGCUUUUGACACCUUUUGAGGCUGGCAAGCCAAGACUUGCCUGGAGAUUAGAACAAUGAGCUUAUCAUAAUGCUACCUUUAAGACAAAACAAAACAAGCUGCAAGGCUCCUGGGGGGAGGAGGAGGUGAGGGGGAAUCAAGAUUUAUUUCUAGAAGCCUUUCCUGCUAGCCCCCAGUCCCAGCCCACCCCUGCACCUGUUGGUUUUUUCUGUUUCUUAGGGGCAAAUGUGGAAAUAGAGAUGGCUUGUUCAUUGACAUUACUGUCCCUCGCAAGCUAUCUUUGGGACGAUUAUGCUGUGUUCUCUCAAUGGUGUUUGCUCAGAGGGUGGGACACAGGCUGUUUAGUGUCUUGUAAAACAUUUACCAAAAGCACUGAGCCAUGGUUUGGAAGGGCAUUCCGUUGCCAGAGCGUAGGAGGAGAGCACAGGAGAGGAGAGAGAGUGCGCGAGAGAGAGAGCACCCGCCAGGUGUUUGGCAGGAUUUGCUUCAAAGAACACUGAAAAAAGUGAGCAAAGAAAUCCCAAGCAAGCUGCCUGAAAACCCCCUUCAUAACCUGUUUCACAUCUUACAAGGAACUAGAUCGGUUGAAUUGUUAGUUUGGGCUGUGGAUGCCUCUGGCACCAUGACCGCAGAAGAUUCCACCGCAGCCAUGAGCAGCGACCCUGGCACGGCCCCGGCAGCCGCCAGCUCCACCAAGGUGCCCGAGGGCGUGGCGGGCGCGCCCAACGAAGCGGCGCUGCUGGCGCUGAUGGAGCGCACGGGCUACAGCCUGGUGCAGGAGAACGGGCAGCGCAAGUACGGGGGUCCCCCGCCGGGCUGGGAGGGGGCGCACCCGCAGCGAGGCUGCGAGGUCUUCGUGGGCAAGAUCCCCCGCGACGUGUACGAGGACGAGCUGGUGCCGGUGUUCGAGUCGGUGGGCCGCAUCUACGAGCUGCGCCUGAUGAUGGACUUUGACGGCAAGAACCGCGGCUACGCCUUCGUCAUGUACUGCCACAAGCACGAGGCCAAGCGCGCCGUGCGCGAGCUCAACAACUACGAGAUCCGGCCGGGCCGCCUGCUGGGCGUGUGCUGCAGCGUGGACAACUGCCGCCUCUUCAUCGGGGGCAUCCCCAAGACCAAGAAGCGCGAGGAGAUCCUGGAGGAGAUCGCCAAGGUCACCGAGGGCGUGCUGGACGUGAUCGUCUACGCCAGCGCCGCCGACAAGAUGAAGAACCGCGGCUUUGCCUUCGUGGAGUACGAGAGCCACCGCGCCGCUGCCAUGGCGCGCCGCAAGCUCAUGCCCGGCCGCAUCCAGCUGUGGGGGCAUCAGAUCGCCGUGGACUGGGCCGAGCCCGAGAUCGACGUGGACGAGGACGUGAUGGAGACCGUGAAGAUCCUCUACGUGCGCAACCUCAUGAUCGAGACCACCGAGGACACCAUCAAGAAGAGCUUCGGCCAGUUCAACCCGGGCUGCGUGGAACGCGUCAAGAAGAUCCGCGACUACGCCUUCGUGCACUUCGCCAGCCGCGAGGACGCCGUGCACGCCAUGAACAGCCUCAAUGGCACCGAGCUGGAGGGCUCGUGCCUCGAGGUCACGCUGGCCAAGCCCGUGGACAAGGAGCAGUACUCCCGCUACCAGAAGGCAGCCAAGGGCGGCGGCGCGGUGGAGGCGGCGGCCGCGGCGCAGCAGCCCCCCGGCUACGUGUACUCCUGCGACCCCUACGCGCUGGCCUACUACGGGUACCCCUACAACGCUCUCAUUGGGCCCAACAGGGACUACUUCGUGAAAGCAGGCAGCAUAAGAGGCCGAGGGCGAGGUGCAGCUGGCAACAGAGCCCCAGGGCCCAGGGGCUCCUACCUCGGGGGAUAUUCUGCUGGCCGUGGCAUUUAUAGCCGAUAUCACGAAGGGAAAGGAAAGCAGCAAGAAAAAGGAUAUGAACUUGUGCCGAAUCUGGAAAUCUCUGCCGUCAAUCCAGUUGCCAUUAAGCCUGGUGCAGUGGCUAUCCCUGCCAUCGGAGCCCAGUAUUCCAUGUUUCAGGCAGCCUCCACCCCCAAAAUGAUAGAAGAUGGCAAAAUCCAUACCAUGGAGCAUAUGAUCAGCCCCAUUGCUGUGCAACCAGACCCAGCUAGUGCUGCCGCUGCCGCUGCCGCUGCAGCCGCUGCCGUCAUUCCUGCUGUUUCCACCCCACCGCCCUUCCAGGGCCGCCCCAUCACACCCGUGUACACAGUGGCUCCCAAUGUGCAGAGAAUCCCCGCUGCUGGCAUCUAUGGGGCCGGCUAUGUGCCAUUCGCAGCCCCGGCCACCGCCACCAUCGCCACACUACAGAAGAACGCGGCGGCCGCGGCCGCUGUGUAUGGAGGCUACGCUGGCUACAUACCUCAGGCCUUCCCCGCUGCUGCUAUCCCCGUCCCCAUCCAUGACGUCUACCCCACCUACUGAGCCCCGGCCCACAGAGACCAGCCACCCAGCCACCGCUGAAGGAACGAACACUUUACUAUUUAUGAAGACAGAAUGUGUUCCCUUUGUCCCCACGUGGAUCCUGAGUGAAGAAUGUCAGAUAUCACACCGGAGAUGUUAUACAGAGAGAGAUGAAGUGUUCACUAGGGUUUCCUUUCGUGUUGUUUUAAAAGACUGUUUUCAACUUAGGCCUUUGUUCAUACAUUUCUAAGAGACUUGCAAAAAGGUUCGUGCCUUAAUUCCAUCUUUUUUUUCCAAAUUUGUACGACACUUGUACAGAGGUUUGGGGGUUUUUGUUUUGUUUUCUAAGGAUAUAUUUUCCGUAUGAAGGUUAUUUUCUUAAACUGUUGCACUCCAGAGAGUUCUAUUUUGUAGUACUUUCAAUAAUAAUAUUAUCAGCUAUCUAUUGAAAAUGUUUUUUAAAAAGCACACUUGAGCAGCUAGGGAACUAUUUUGAAAUAUAUAUAUAUAUAUUCAAUAUUUAAAGAUACAAAUGCUAGUGCUUUAAAAUACUACAUAAGACAUUUUUUUAAAGUGGUACUGGAAUGUGCAAUUUUUAAAUAAGUAAAAACCUCUGCUGUAUUUUUCCCACUGGUGUCGAGGGCUGAUGAUGUGACAGUGCUUCUAUUUUUUAUAGAAAUGAAACACUCAGCCUCUCCUUAAGCCAACAUGGAAAAGACUCAUCUGUGCUCUGAGUCUAACACUGGAAAGCCCUCACCUGCCAUCCUUCCCUUGGGCUCGUUCUCCAGGUGCCUUUAUUAUUAAACCCACUACUCCCUUGCCCCCAGCCACCAGCCCCCUAAACCAUCUCUGAAGUUUGGCAAGUUUAGGAUCAAUGGCUAAACUCCAAUAGAAAAGAAAGAAAAAAAACUGUGUCUUUUAUACUUCUUCCUGGGUUUAUAUUGGGCCUUUUUGUUUUGUGAUAAAUAUUUUUGAGGGGGGAUUUGGGAGGUUUUAUCUUCUAGCUAUCUGUGCUAUUUUCAAUAGCAGACUACGUGUAAGCACAGGUUUUCAUAUGUUUGCCUAAGACAUCUUUGCAUAGCUAUUUAAUUGUCCAGUAUACAACUUUUAAGUCUCUUUCUACUGCUUUUAUUUUAUUACUAUUUUUGUUGAAGUAUGAGUUUUUAGAGAUGAAGAAUGUAUGUGGUUCUAGACAAGACCCUAAAGACUUGUCAGCAGAAAGCCAAGCCUCUAGUUUGCCUUACUGUGCAUUAUGCAAAACACCCCAUCAGGGGUGUUGGAAAGGUGGUGUUUUUUGAACAGGGCUGUUCCUACAGUACUGUGCAUUUGGCAGUGAACUUGGACCACACACGUCCCGGACAAGGAGAGAGAGACCUGCCGGAGUUGAAAGAGAGUUUGUAAAUAUUUUCUAAUACUUUCAAUCCUUUUAUGUUGAGAAAGUUCAUGGUACAUAGUUCAAUGCAAAACUGAAACCAUUUUAUUUCAAUGUUAUUGUUAGUUAAGCAGAUUUGUUUUAUGAGGAAAUAUAUUGUCCAGUGUUUGGUGCCUGUUUCGUCCCAGGUUUUUUUGUUUCACAGAGUGAAUGUAAAAUACAGUCACAUGUUAAGAUAGUCAUCUGUUUUAUGAAAUACAUCAAGUUGAAUUUUUUUUUUUUUUAGAAAAAGGCUUUAAUCAAGAAAAUGAGGUGUGUGGUAGGUAGCAGAUAUGUGGUUGUAUUUUUAUGUCAUGUUAGAGAUCUGUGAAAUCUUUGUAACUCACUGGAUUUUUGUGGAUGGUUAAAUUCUUAUUUGUGGAUUCAUAAGAGGACCAUGCUCUUAGCAAAUACUUUUUGAGUUUCUGUUGGUCGCCUUU